UUUCACUCCUUAAAAUAUCGAGUUAAUUGUUAAAGAACGUUUAAAAAUAAUGAUAAAGCAUUUUUUUCUGGCGUUUGGAUUAUUUGUGGUGGUUCAGUCUUGGCAAAAAUGUAUAUCACACAGCGAUUGUAAAGAAUCUGAAUGUUGUGCUUCUACGUUUGUCGAUGUGGUUUGUUUUAAAAGACCUCAAAAAGGAGAUGAAUGCGAUCCUGUUGCAAAACCUUUAGUAGCGUACAAUAUAACACUAGAUAUACAUUUUCUGGGUUGUAUGUGUCCCGAAGGUCUACAAUGCAAACUUGGAAAGGAUUUAAAUGACAAAGUUUACAGAUGCAGAUAAAACGAUUAUCAAAUUUUU